UGGACCAAAUUUCAAAAUGAUCUUUCUUCCCCAUUUCUUCUGAUAUUAAAAUCUUUAACCUCAAUGAAAAUAAUUGCCUAUAAGUAGAAGUAAAAUCUCUUAAAAAAUCUCUUUAUCAUACUCAAAACCCAAGUUUCAAUCACUUCAUUCGUUCUAUACAAAUUUUUUAAGUUUUAAAAUGGGUUCUGAAACUAUGACCGGUCAUCAGCAGCUUCAUGUCUAUCUGUUCCCAGUCCCAGCUCAGGGUCAUAUGAUUCCAACGGUUGAUAUUGCAAGACUACUUGCUGCUCGUGGUUUAAAAUCUACUGUAAUCUGUACUCCUCUUAAUGCAAUUUCCGUUUCGAAAACAACAGAAAGAGAUCGACUAUCCGGUCUCGAUAUCAAUGUUCAAACCAUUCCGUUCCCUGCUGCGGAAGUAGGAUUACCUGAAGGAAUUGAAAGUAUGGAUAAGCUCACUUCUCCUGAGAUGGUUCCCAAGUUUAUGAUUGCUAUUGCAUUGCUUCAACAACCAUUUGAGCAGCUUUUGGAAGAACACCGCCCAGAUUUUGUCAUUGCGGGUAUGUUCUUGCCAUGGGCAACGGAGUCCGCAGCUAAAUUUGAUAUUCCUCGAAUUGUCUUUCAUGGAACAAGCUGCUUUUCACUCAGUGUCGGAGAGAGCUUAAGACUUUACAAACCUUACGAGGCAAUCAGUACCGAUGCUGACCCAGAUUCCUCAUUUGUGAUCCCGGGUCUUCCAGACAAGAUAGAGAUGACCAUGGCACAGUUACCAGACAAUGUCAAAGUUAAGAAUGUGUUCUCUGAGAUGAUGGAAAAAGUAAGAGAAUCCGAGCUAAAUAGCUAUGGAAUCUUGGUUAACAGUUUCUACGAGCUGGAGCCAGCUUACGUCGAGCAUUACAGAAACAUCUUGGGAAGAAAAACUUGGCAUAUUGGCCCUGUUUCGCUUCGAAACACUGAUACUUCAGAUAAAGCUCAGAGAGGAAAGGAAUCUACCAUUGAUGAACAUUAUGUUUUGAACUGGCUGAACUCGAAGGAACCGAAUUCCGUUCUUUAUGUUUCUUUCGGGAGUGUAUCACGUGUUAGUAAUGAUCAAUUGCUAGAACUAGCAAUGGGUCUUGAGAAUUCAGGAUAUUCAUUCAUUUGGGUUGUGCGGCAGAUAAAGAACGAUGAUGAAGAGAGUUUCUUACCAAAAGGUUUUGAGGAGAGAAUCGAAGGAAAGGGUCUCAUAAUUAGAGACUGGGCACCACAAGUACUCAUUCUGGAUCAUCAAGCGGUUGGUGGAUUUAUGACUCAUUGUGGAUGGAAUUCAACGUUGGAAGGUAUAAGUGCAGGGGUUCCUAUGAUAACUUGGCCAAUGUUUGCUGAACAGUUCCAUAACGAGAAAUUUAACACUCAAGUGAUUAAGAUUGGGGCCCCAUUAGGAGCCAAAGAGUACAACAUGUGGGUAGACGCGAAAAAAGUGUCACUAGUGAAGAACGAGACGAUAUCAACGGUGGUCACUCAGCUGAUGGGUGACGGAGAAGAAGCCAAGGAAAUGAGACAACGAGCUAAAGAAAUUGGCGAAAUGGCCAAGAGGUCUGUGGAAGAAGGCGGUUCAUCUCAUACCAACUUGACUACUUUUAUUGAGGAAAUGAAAGUCUAUUCCAAGAAAUAAACCAACGCUAGCAUGUUGGAUGCGUUUAUGUAUGUACUUUUUUUUAUCUUUUGCAAGAUUUAAGCUGUAAGCACUUCUGAACAUUUUAAUGAUUUGAAGUAACUCAACACUAUAUUAUUAUAA